AUGGAUCUGUUUAGCAAGCUUAACAUUUUAGGUGAUAAAUCAUCUGCAGACACCAAGCCCGAGAAGAAGGAUGAAGAAGUUGCCCGCCCGGACGGCCUUCAGGCGAGUAGCGUUAUAAACAAUCUACCACGACAAGAGGAUCUUGAAGACGAUUUGUUGCAUCCCGGCAAGUCCGAUGAGACUCGUAUGAUCUCUCCCAAUAAUAUCCGGGAGAUCUAUGAGCAGAUUGACAGUGGAGCCGGUGAGGCCAGCUGGUUGUUGCUUAAGUUCUCCGAUAUUGCUGCGCGAGGUAAAGUGAUCUACCUCGCAGCGUCAGGAACGGACUACGAUGACUUCUUGAAGCUUUUGUGUGAUGACAGUCAUAUCGCAUAUGGAUUUGCAAAGGUGCAGUACACGACUGCAAAGAAGACUAGGGAGAAGAUCAACGUCCUUAUCUGCUGGGUUGGCAAAUACACGAAACUAACUGAAAAGGCUGGCGUCCUCGUUGACAGGGAAUACAUCAUCGAGAUGCUCAAGAACCAUCACAAACUGUACGUAACCGGUUUGAAGAGUGAAAUCGUAAUGAAGAGGAUAACGUUCAACGCACAACUGGGCAGAUUCUGAUAACGCCAGGUAUGGAAACAGAGAUCAGCGCUAUGCAGUUGUCAUGCAGUUCAACUGGUUCUUAACUUGCAGGAUCCAGUUGGUCAAUCGGCGUUAGAGACAGAUACCAGCGUCAGCUCCUUCUGAGUAAAUUUCAUUUACAACAGCAGCUAAAGUUCAGAAUGGGCGUGUCCAUUUGGUUUGGCGGGAGCAUCCUGAACUUCAGGCCAACACUCGGCACUAACGACCAAGCUUAAUUAUGUGUGGAGGGGAGGAGGAUACGACAGACUCUGGUUUUUCUAGGAGGAUAGGGAUAUGUGGUCAACAAAAUCCAGUUGGGCCUACCGUUGCGUGUGCGAGGAGAGAAGCAUACGACUGACUCUGGUAUUCGAGGAUGGGACACGCCGGACGAGUAGCCUAAAUGUCUUUGCAGAUUGGAAACGGCAUGGGACACAGUUGUGCAAUUAGAUUUGGUGAUAAGACAGCAAUAAAUUCUUUCAGUAGACACCUUAUGCAUGAAUGAAAACGCAUAUAACGCAUACAGUAUACA